AUGUUUGACGACCUACUGACCCGCAUUGGCGCAAGGAUCUCCUACCAGGACUCCAACUACAGGCGCUCUAUUCCAGCUGAAGAGCGCCUGUCCAUCUGUCUGCGGUUUCUUGCCACUGGGGACUCCUACAGGACCAUUGCGGGGAGCUUCAGAGCGGGCAUAUCCACCGUCUCCAUGCUCAUCCCAGAUGUGGUGGCAGCCAUCUGGGACUGCCUCGUGGAGGAGUUCAUGGCUGUGCCUGGAGCAGAGGAGUGGAGGCUGUCUGCUCGUCUACAACACAACUUCUCCUCUCCUCAUCAGCUGCUGAGGAAGGGACUCUCGAACCAGUUUGGAGCAGCAGGGCUGAAGGGCUGGAGAGAUGACCGCAGCAGUCUGAUUCUGUCCCUUUCUGCUUUUCCUGUGACCUCCUGCAACAUGAGUUCUGCCAGCGCACGCAAGACGACAGACCCUGAACGCACUCCAAAGAUGGGGUCAGAGAUGGAUGCAGCUCAACAACUCAAGCUGAAAGACCGACAGCGCUUCUUUGAAGAGGUUUUCCAACACGAUGUGGACGUGUACCUGUCGUCGGCCCAUCUGAGCAUCAGGGACUGCAGGCGGCCCCCUAUAGGCAGCAUCUCGUCCAUGGAGGUGAACGUGGACUUGCUUGACCAGAUGGAGCUGAUUGACAUUUCUGACCAAGAUGCUUUAGACGUGUUUUUCAGCUCAACUGAAGAAGCUGUUUUUACCGCCCCUUUACCAGCACAAGGCAACAACAACAAUGAUGAGGUCCUCAGCAACGGGCUCUACCGGCAUGUCCUUGAGGGCCUGGAUUCCAAGUCCCGCGUGUCUUCCACGUCGUCAGUGUCAUCAGGGGACAGCCAGAAUAUGAACGUCCCGUCUCCCGCAGAGGGCUCUGAGGAUGAGGAGCAGGAGAGCAGUGGAACCCUGAAGAGGAGGCCCAAGCCCACAGAGAAGAGCUCUACAUGA